UAUUACGAUUGAUCAAUCAUUGGUAAGAUGGCAAAAGAUUAUCGAAGCAUUGACUUUUACCCAUCCAAGAAAACGCCAGGACAGUUAGAUGAAGAGUAAGUCAAAUAUUUUGGACUGAGGGACUACAUCAAUAGUACAUGUUAGAAGAUUUCUUGUGUCAUCAGAGUGGUAGAGACCUCACUGCGCUCUUUUGAGAGCCGCGCGUCAGUGGACACGUCUGGGUAUCUAACUUGAUAUUCAACUUCCUUUAGUCCUGUUCUACGAGAAGAUCUAGAUGCAUGCAAUGCAUUUUACCUCUUCAGAUGUUCCUGCUCGUGGAGGGACUCACUUGUAGCUGUUCUCUACAAGUCAGUUCUGGGUUGACACGGCGCGAAGACUACCAUCCUUUGGUCUGGAUUUUCUUAGCCUGCCCUCCUGUGCGCGUUAUCAGUGGAUUGCUUUCCACGUUUGUCCCUGAAGCACGGUGAGAGAGAACUGCAUUGAGUUAGGGGGUUGAGAAUAUCUGUAGCUUUUGAUGAAUACCUCCUCUCCGACCACUGACAAGUUUAUGCAUAUCACCAAAGUACGAUAUGGCUCGUCUGUCCAUCUAAUCACUAGUAAUCUAACCAAAAAGGACAUUAUUUGACUCUCUCGAAUGAAACGCGUAUUCAUCCACUUUCAAGAAUAAGAAACUUGCGGGAUUUUGUCUUUUUUCUCUCUCUCCCUCUCUCUCUUUCAGGAAACGCUGAUGGUCUUGGAUUUGGAAACGACUUGAGUUGCCUGGAAUCGUUUGAUGUGGCAUAGCCACGAAUAGUUGCUUGGAUUGGUGAGGGGUUCUCUCUCACACAAAGCAUUGCAUUGGACAUAAUCACAUUUAAAGGAAAUAAGCGUCUUGAAAUCCGCACUGGACUGUGAGUAGAAAUCUAAUCAGAUCGGGCGCGUUAAGGGGGGAGAAAAGUUCCAUUUUAAGCCAUGGCUGUGGAAUAAGAGCAUCAGACCCUCUACAUUUAUGGUCUACCGAAGAUUGGGACGAAGAUUCGGGGAACUGUCGGGGAUCUCAGGGAUACGACCAGCUAGAUGCUUUCGGGUGUCUUGAAUGAAUCUAAAAAGCAAAAUCGGUGUAUUUCAACGCACAGUUCGCCAAGAAUGCCACAUCUUUCAUUUUGAUUUCUCAGACUUGGCACACCGGAUGUUUAGUAAGACCGCAUCGAAAUAUUUGCUCUAGAGGCACUUCUUUUGAUCGCCGUGUCUAUAUAAUGGCAUUGCAAGUAAGACCGAAUGGAUAUACGGGACCAAAUUUCUUCUCAUAGAAGGUUGUAAAUGCAAAACUGCUCGAGGAUCUUUUCGCUGCUCGUGCCUACAGAACAGCCUGUUUCAUCUUGGAUGGCUCCAAACUACAUGGUGAAGAACAUUUCAUUCGCAUCGUGCCAAAUUGCUUGAGAAUUGCGGAUGGAUUUGCGUUGCACCUGUCGUUUGGAGGGGAACGGAAUGGUGCUCUUCGUAUUUUUGCCUGCGAUUUGAAUAUUCAGCCUCUAGAAAAGGCGAAGACUGCCUGUGAAACCGAGCGUGAAGAUGUCCAGAAACUGCUGGCACUACGGUGGAAGACUUGGCAGUUGGCCUAAUUAAACACUUCCCAAAGAAUGGAAAAACUGUCAGCGAAUUAUGAAUGAUAAACAAGAUGAGCUCCUUCCUGAUGCAGCAGACGAUGAGAGGUCCUAGGUGGAACCGGGCCCUGUCCGACCCAUUGUUUGUGCUUUUGCUGGCCCUGCAGCUUUUGGUGGUAGCCGGCCUGGUUCGAGCGCAGACCUGCCCCUCCGCCUGCUCCUGUAGCAAUCAGUUCAGCAAGGUCAUUUGUACUCGCCGUGGCCUUCGAGAUGUACCAGAUGGUAUUUCCACCAACACGAGGUACCUGAACCUUCAGGAAAACCUCAUCCAGGUGAUCAAAGUGGACAGCUUCAAACAUCUGAGGCACCUGGAGAUCCUGCAGCUCAGCAAGAACCAUAUCCGCAACAUUGAAAUUGGGGCUUUCAAUGGCCUGGCCAACCUCAACACUCUGGAGCUGUUUGAUAAUCGUCUUACUACAAUCCCCAAUGGGGCUUUUGAGUACUUGUCCAAACUUAAGGAGCUUUGGUUGAGGAAUAACCCAGUAGAGAGUAUACCCUCUUAUGCCUUCAACCGUGUCCCAUCUCUUCGAAGGCUGGACCUGGGUGAGCUGAAACGGCUCUCAUAUAUCUCAGAAGGUGCCUUUGAAGGCCUUAGCAACUUGCGGUACCUGAAUCUGGGCAUGUGCAACCUGAAGGAGAUCCCCAACCUCAUUCCGCUAGUCCGAUUGGAUGAGUUGGAAAUGUCUGGAAACCAGCUAUCGAUAAUUAGGCCAGGGUCUUUCAAGGGCCUCAUCCACCUACAGAAGCUGUGGAUGAUGCAUGCUCAGAUCCAGACGAUUGAGAGAAAUGCCUUUGAUGAUCUUCAGUCCCUCGUGGAGUUAAAUCUAGCCCACAACAACCUUACCCUUCUGCCCCAUGACCUCUUCACGCCAUUGCACCAUUUGGAAAGGGUACACUUGCACCACAACCCCUGGAAUUGCAACUGUGACAUCCUCUGGCUCAGUUGGUGGCUCAAGGAGAUGGUGCCGGCCAAUACCAGUUGCUGUGCUCGAUGCUCUUCACCCACCAGCCACAAAGGGCGCUACAUUGGCGAACUGGACCAGAACUAUUUUCAUUGUUAUGCACCGGUUAUCGUGGAGCCGCCAGCUGAUCUCAACGUAACCGAGGGCAUGGCUGCAGAACUGAAAUGCCGAGCUAAUUCUUUGACCUCAGUUAGUUGGAUCACACCCAACGGAUCCAUCAUGACACAUGGGGCAUACAAGAUACGCAUUUCUGUCCUCAAUGAUGGGACGUUAAACUUUACCAAUGUCACAAUGCAGGACACAGGAACGUACACCUGUAUGGUGAGCAACUCUGCAGGCAACACAACAGCUUCGGCUACACUCAAUGUAUCCACAACGGAGAACAGUAGCUUCAGUUACUUCACUACAGUCACAGUUGAGACCACAGAUUCAGCAAACGAUGAGGGCCACCCAACAGUACAGCAGAAGGGGGGUCCCACCCCUGCCUCUGGAGUUUGGGAGACCUCCCCACCUUCAUUCACCACCACCUCCACCACCACCACAGCACGGACUCCGUUGUCCACCAAGGCCACAGAUAAGACCUACACUAUCCCUGUCACUGCCCUGAGCGAUGGCUCCCUUAACACCUUGGAUGAGGUGAUGAAGACCACCAAGAUCAUCAUUGGAUGCUUUGUGGCCAUCACUCUGAUGGCGGCCGUCAUGCUAAUCAUAUUUUAUAAAAUGCGCAAACAGCAUCACCAGCAGAAUCACCACGCACCGACGCGAACCAUCGAGAUCAUUAACAUGGGAGAGGAUUGCGUAACAGGUGGACCUACCAUGGAAGGUCACCUUACUCUUCCUCCACUUGAGCAUGAGCACCUGAAUCAUUACAACGCCUACAAGACUGCAUACAACCAUGCCUCCACCAUCAAUUCUAUACAUAGCUCUGCCCACGAACCUUUGCUAAUUCGGGCCAGUUCAAAAGACAAUGUACAAGAAACACAGAUCUAAAUUGCUUUUCAUAGUGGGAAUAAAACACUGAAAAAAGACCUAAAUGAACUCUUAAGGAACAAUAUGUGACAUAUUGAUUUGGAAGAUUGUUGAAACAAAGACUCAGUAGCCCGAUGCAAGACACAUUAGAAGGAUGUUGGUAAAAAAACAAAAAAAAAACAUUUCGGAGCGAGUGUGCGUCGACAGUUUCAAAAGUGUCUUUACAUAACAGAAGUUAUUUAUUUAAGGAAAAAAAAAAACUAUUGUGGUUAAAUCAAGAAAAAGAUGUAAUCUGCAAUUAUUUUUCCAGCAAUUAUUUCUCCAUGUUUUUUAAUGUUAUUUUAAGGGUUGUUGGUUUACUAGUAUGCUUGUAAACUCUGUAAAACGUAGAAAAUAUAAUGUUCUUCAUGUGAGGACCCAAUUAAGUCAUUUCCAGCUGAAUCUAAAACUUCCCUUUAUCUGUCUGAGAAUAAGGUGCCACUUUCUGUUGCCCCAUGUGCUCUUAUAUAUAUUUUGCAGCACAUCUUUGUUCCUGCUUAAAAAAAAAAGCUAUAUUUAAUUUCUCAAACAGUUUGCUACACAUACACAUCUCUCAUGGUAUGCAACAUUAAGGGUUCCUGUGGCCUCACCAUGGAAUUCUUUCGGGGAUCUUCUUAAAGGGAUAUUUCACCAAAAAAAGAAAAUGUUGUAAUAAUUAUUUAGUCAUCAUUAUAUUAUUCCAAACCUGUAUGACCUUCUUUCUUCUAUGGAACAAAAAAAAAAUGACAAUAUGAAGAAUUUUAGAUGCAAUGAAAGCGAAUGGUAACUGAUGGUACAUUUCCUAACGUCCUUUUUUGUGUUCCAUGGAGGUUAAAAAAUCAUGAGGUUGAGUAAAUAAUGACAAGAUUUUUAUUUUUGGGUGAACUAGCCCUUUUUAAUGUGGCAAAGCUAGUGCCAGUCAGAUCUACAGCUUCCACAGAUGUGACUUUAAAGAUUAUGUGAACCGAUGAUGUUUUCCCCCAAAGUUCUUCAAUGUUCUCUCUUUCUUCAUUCUGUGCUGUCAAUCUCCCUAGGCAGUUAUGCAACACUUUUUAAACUUUUAAACAUAUUUUCAGUCACAUGACAUAUUCAAUCACACUUUUAGUUAUUUUCAGUACAGACAGAAAAUGAUGCAUCCAUCUACUGCUUGCACAUGUGGUUAUCAAGAAGCAUUUGUAUGCAGGGAGAAUGACUUGUCAUUAUGAAUUAAUUUAUGAAAUCAAAAUGGCCUGAGACGGUCACUAUAGAAACCUAUGACCUUGGACAGGCAGGGAGUAGCCAACAGACACCAGCUUGACACUUUAAAUGUAUUUAGAGUCAAAUGGGCGAGCAACGCCGGGCUAAAGAGCUAGAGCGGAUUGAGUUGAAGUGCAUCAUUUAGUCUAUAAAGUGAUCAAGAGGGUUCUAGGUAAUUUGAAUGAAACCAAUAAACCUUUGACAUUUUAUUCAUCUUCGUAACAUUUAAGCUGGCCAUUCAUAAUUUAUCCAAAACGUACACAGGCCUCACAUGAAGACAUUUUCUCUUUUAGUCCUGCUUCUAGAACUUACAAUUGUGAAACAGAUGAGCAUGGAUACCAAGUGGCAUCUGCUGAACUUUGGUUCAUACUUUUAUUAUCACACACCAGAUGCACUCUGAUUCCCAAGAUCUAAUGCAAUUAUGCUCACAGGCUUUGCUAUUUUAAAUCAGUUUAAAAAAGUUCUUGAGUGUACCUCCUGCCCCACUAAAAGCAAAGGCCAUCUGGUGCAUUUUCUAAUCAAGACAUCAAAGCGUGCAAAAAGACUGUUCUUCAUCUGAAUAUGCUGCUCUUUCAAAUCUUGAUUCAUAUCCUUGUCUUUCUGAUUUUAUGUUUGUGUUAUUACUGCAAUUGAUAUCAAUCGAAACAUAAAUGAAUUACAGUUAAAGAUCUUUGUGGUCAAUGGAGUUUAGCACAAGAGUAAACCAAUUAAUUGAGUUGAGUGUCCUUUUUUGGUUGUGUUUAAUUCAUUUAUUUGAUGAUUUGGUCUUGAAAUCAUGAUUAUUGGAAGAAGUCUUUGUCCUUUGUCCAAAACGAUGAUGCUUUUUAGUUUCAUCACCGGUUCUGUACUUUUGUUUGUCUCAUCGUGUAAACGCGUCUGUGUUUUUGGUUUAGGAGAGAACGAUAUACUUUGCUCUAGUUUUCCACGUAAGUUCUUUCUUUUCAUCUCUGAGGGGGAAUGCUGUUCUAGUGGUAGAUUUCUAUAAAAAUACAUUUUGAAAAUAAAAUAAAAAAAUCAAAACAAAAACUUUUUACAUUUUAAUUUUACAUGUGCCAACCUGUUCUAAACGAUUUCAAGAGAGAAUGAGAGUCAUGCUGUAAAAGACUGAAGAUUGAUUUUCAUGUAAACAAUUUCAUGACCUUUAAAAAAAAAGAGAUGGAGAUCAAUUAUAGAAAUCAGAAUUUGUAGUUCAUACACAAGAUAAGGUUACAAAUAAACUAUCAUUGUCUUUUC